AUGCCAACCGCGUUGCUUGUCCUUGCCUUUGCAGCGAGCCAUGCGACCGCCGAGAGACUCGAUACGCGCGAGAAAGAUAAUAACACAAUCCUGGCACCCAUAUCGAUUAACCCUGACCAGAACUGGGAUGGCAUAGAUGGCGCGUGGUCGACGUUCACUCUCCGCGUGGGCAACCCAGCACAAAACGUACGGACAUUGGUUUCAACAGCAGGAUAUCAAACAUGGGUUGUUCUACCACAAGGCUGUCAAGCAGCAGCAUCACAGACCGCAUGCGCGGAGUCGAGAGGUUGGACAUUUGAUUCGAACGCUUCAACGAGCUUCGAUCGGAUUGGCAUCUAUGAUCUGUGGAUUGAGAGGAAUCUGGGAUACACGGGCAAUGCGAUCUACGGAUACGAUGCAGUGGGAUUGGGAGGGCAGGGCGAAGGAGGACCAACAUUGAAGAAUACUACUGUGGGCACAUUCGCGGUGGAGGACUUUUACUUGGGCAUGUUUGGUGUCAAUUCAAAGGCGACAAACUUUACCGACUUCAAUACCCAGAGUCCCUCGUAUAUGGCGUUGCUGAAGGAGGAGAAGCUGAUUCCGAGUGUCUCCUUUGGAUACACAGCGGGUGCUCAAUAUCGCUCGACUGGUGUGCUGGCCUCUCUCACACUAGGAGGAUACGAUGCGUCGAAGUUUGUCGAGAACGAACUCGAAUGGACGUUGGGAGUGGACAACGAUCGAGAUAUUGUCGUUGCCAUUCAAUCUGUCAGUACACCGUCUAAUGUCUCUUCCUCCCCGGUGGCCAAAGAACUCCUUCCCGAACCAAUCUACGCCUACGUCGACAGCACGAUCCCUCACAUAUGGCUUCCAGAAGAAUCCUGCAGGCUCUUUGAGUCCGAGUUCGGCCUCAUCUACGACAACGUCACGAACCUCUACCUCGUCAACGACACGUUACAUCAAUCCCUCCUCGACCGCGAUGCGACUGUCACAUUCAGCCUCGGCCAGGAGCUCACGGGUGGGCAGACUACUCAAAUCAGCCUUCCAUAUGCUGCAUUUGACCUCACCGCUAAACCACCAUACAAAGGCCUUGCAAACGACACUCGCUACUUUCCCCUUCAACGAGCUCAGAAUGCGACUCAAUACACCCUAGGCCGCACUUUGCUCCAAGAAGCCUACCUCUCCGUCAAUUGGGAGUCCGCUACAUUCAACAUCUCUCAAGUCUCCUGGGACUCAUCCGCGAAACAAAGCCUCGUCGCCAUGCUACCAUCUCGCGACUACAACGGCAAUCCCACUUCUACCUCCAAUACCUCGUCCUCCAACUCCAAUCUCACCACCGGCGCCAAAGCCGGCAUCGCCAUCGCAGCCAUCGCCGUCAUCGCCAUCAUCGCUGCAAUCACAAUCUUCAUCCUUCGCCGUCACAAACGCAACGCCUCAACGCGGCACCAUCACCUCUCCGACACGGACAGUGAAAAGACUCCUCAAAACCAGCCAGCGACCUACAGCGACGCCUUCCCUCCCAAAGCCGAACUCGAAGGCGGCGGUCCAGGCAUAGUUGGUGGCUCUGUAUCCUCCACUCCAUCAAAGAUCAGCGAAGCGGAUGGCCGGGAUGCACAGAUUCAUGAGAUGCCGGGCGAUAUGCCGGUUGUAAGGGAGAAGGACGGACACAGUUUGAGUGAGAAGGAGGCGUUGGCUUGGAGGGAGAAGGUGUAUAAUGGAGUUGAGACUAACGUUGGAGAGGAAGGGAGACAAGUGAGGAGGGGCAGUAAAUUGGCCGAGGUUGUCAGGCCAGAAGAGGUGGUCGAAGUUGAGAGAGAGAAGACGCUGAGGAGGGCGUUUUCGUUUGAAUUGAAUGAUGGUGAGACGGGGACUGGGACUUUUGGUUGA